GCCGGGGGUCAUGGAGGACGAGCUGAUCGGUUGGAUUUUUGCGAUCCAGCGUCUUCGUCAGGCGAAGAGCUCGUCAACAACGACGGCGAAACAGCAGCAACAACAACAGUGACGCGAGGGUACUUUUGGGCCUUCCUUUUUUUUUGGUUCCGCAUCGCCUGGAGAGCCCCCAACGCAGCGCACGCCGCGCGCUGAACCCAAACACGAGCCAUGAUGCUGUCGCGGGCUGCCGCGCGCCCGGCGGCGAGCCUGCGAGCAGCAACGCUCGCGGCCCCUUCUGCCAUUCGGCCCCGGAUCUUACCUCCCAUCUGGCAUCGAAGCAUGUCAAAAGACAACAAACCAGCGCAAUCGCGAUUCGCCAGACCUCACAACGCGCCCGCGCAAAAAUCGUCUCCACCACCACCCAGCAGCUCCGCCUCGACUUCUCCGUCCCCGUCCGCGUCUCCGUCAGCGUCAAAGCCCGUGCCGGAACCCCCGAAAGAACCGGCAGCCGGACCUGACGCGCCACAGGAACAAGCCCCCGAACCGAUGCCCGACCUUUCUAAGCUUCCCGACCUGACGCAAGGCAUCCCGUCCACGCUCGAGUACGAAACCAGCGGGGCAACCAACCGGGCUGCCUUGGCCGCCGUCGAGGGUGGGGGUAGCGGGAGAGCUGGCGGCGGCGGAGGCCGGCCCAAGGGCGAGCUGCCUGCCUCCGCUUACAUCUCGUCGACGGAGCGGCGGCGGCAGAAGUGGGCCAUGUGGGCCUUCGUCUUCGCCGGCGUGUCCGCCGUCGUCGGCGUCGCCUACCUGGGCAGGAACUGGGACGAGAAGGAGCUCGCCAAGAACCCCGAGGUGCCCAACGGUUGGAGCAUUGGCCUCUGGUGGAAGCGCGCCAUGGCCCGCAUGGGCGAUACCGUGACCUACUACCAAGAACCGGCCUUUGAGAAGCUGCUGCCCGACCCCGACCCCUCGUUUGAGCGCCCGUACACCCUGUGCAUCAGUCUGGAGGACAUGCUGGUGCACAGCGAGUGGAGCCGAGAGCACGGCUGGCGGGUGGCGAAACGCCCCGGCGUGGACUACUUCUUGCACUACCUCAGCCAAUACUACGAGAUCGUCCUCUUCACCACGGUCCCCUUCGCCACGGCCGAGCCGCUGGUGCGCAAGCUCGACCCCUUCCGUUUCAUCAUGUGGCCCCUCUACCGGGAAGCCACCAAGUACAAGGACGGGGAAGUCGUUAAGGAUCUGUCCUAUCUCAACCGCGACUUGUCAAAGGUGAUCAUUAUCGACACCAACCCCAAGCAUGUGCGCGAGCAGCCAGAAAACGCCAUCAUUCUACCGCCCUGGACCGGUGACCCUAAGGACAAGGAGCUCGUGUCGCUGGUCCCUUUCCUCGAGUUCAUCCACACGAUGCAGUACAACGACGUGCGCAAGGUCAUCAAGUCGUUCGAAGGCACGCACAUUCCCACCGAGUUUGCCCGGAGAGAGGCACUGGCCCGGGCCGAGCACAACAAGCGCCUCCAGGCCAAGUCCUCCCGCGGAGGAGGCAUGAGCUGGCUCAGCAGCCAUCUCGGACUCAAGCCGAGCAACAUGAGCCUCAUGGUUGCUCCUGAGGGCGAAGAGAACCCCCAAGAGGCCUUUGCCAAGGGCAAGAUGCUGCAGGACAUCGCCCGCGAGCGGGGCAUCCGGAAUUAUCUGAUGCUGGAGGAAGAGAUCCGCAAGAACGGCGAGAAGUGGCUGAAGGAGGAGCAAGAGGCCAUGGAGAAGGCCCAAAAGGAGGCCAUGAAGAGCAUGAAGUCUUCCUUCUUCGGCUGGUUCACGCCGUCGAGCGAGCAGCAGAAGGAGGGAGAGACCAAGCGCAGCUAGUGGCGCGCCGCCUAACCACUCUUCCCUUCCACCCAACCAUACCAUGUAUUAUCACCUGCGAGACCCCACCCUUGCGUUUCUUUU